GCAGCCGCCAGAAGCGGAAGUGGCGGUGCGGACAGCUGGGUUUCCGGUUCGGUUGGGUUUGGUCCGGGGAGUGAGCGGAGAGGACGGAGGGACCCCCCAGCACCAUGGCGGUGUCCGAGGCCCAGCUCAAGAAGAUGCUGAUCAAGUACAAAUACAGAGACUUAUCGGUACGAGAAAUUCUUAACGUCACCGGACUGUACAGAGAUCUCAAACCAACGCUUGACUCCUAUGUGUUCAACGACGGCACCUCCAGAGAACUGCUGAGCCUCGCUGGGACCAUUCCUGUCGCAUACAAGGGUAACACAUACAAUAUUCCAAUAUGCCUGUGGCUGCUGGACACCUACCCCUACAACCCUCCCAUCUGCUUUGUGAAACCCACCAGCACCAUGACCAUCAAAACCGGGAAGCACGUGGAUGCCAAUGGCAAGAUCUACCUCCCAUAUCUGCAUGAGUGGAAGCAUCCUCCAUCGGACCUCCUCGGCUUAAUCCAGAUCCUGAUUGUUGUGUUUGGUGAGGAGCCUCCAGUGUUCUCUCGAUCGUCUGCACCAGCGCCAUACAUGUAUCCAGCACAGGGACCCCCUAACACCUCAUACAUACCCGGCUCUAUGCCCCCAUAUCCUGCAGCUGGUCACCCGUCCAACCCCAGUGGCUAUCCUGGUUUCUACCCCCCUGGCGGACAAUACCCACCUACUUCUGGCCCCGGGAUGUUUCCCCAGCCCCCUGCACCUCACCCUCAGGUCACCAGCUCUGGUCCAGCCAGAGAUGGCACCAUUGGCGAGGACACCAUCCGAGCCUCCCUCAUUUCAGCCGUUAGUGACAAGUUAAGAUGGCGGAUGAAGGAGGAGAUGGAUCGCGCACAGGCGGAGCUCAACGCAUUGAAACGCACAGAAGAAGAUCUGAAGAAAGGACACCAGAAGUUGGAGGAGAUGGUCACUCGGCUAGACCAGGAAGUGACGGAAGUAGACAAAAACAUCGAGACCCUGAGGAAGAAAGAUGAGGAACUGGGCGCCGUGGUGGAGAAAAUGGAGAGCCAAUCAGAAUACAGAGACAUUGAUGAGGUCAUUGUGCCAACCGCCCCCCUCUACAAGCAGAUCCUGAACCUGUAUGCGGAGGAGAACGCCAUAGAGGACACCAUCUUCUACCUGGGGGAGGCGCUCCGGAGAGGCGUCAUUGACUUGGAUGUGUUCCUGAAGCACGUCCGGCUUUUGUCCCGAAAGCAGUUUCAGCUCCGAGCGCUGAUGCAGAAAGCCAGGAAGACGGCGGGGCUGAGUGACCUUUAUUAACAUUCAGCAUCAUGACCCCUCCCCCACUCAUAUUUUUCCAUAUCAUAUUUUUAUUGUUUUCUCCGUUUUUUUUUUUUUGUUUUUUUUUUCAAAUCAUUAGAGAUUUCGGUUAAAUUAUUCUUACUGUUAAAAAAAAGAAUAAAAAAAAGCAAAAAAAUAUAAAUUCAACAUUUUAGUUUUCUUGGUAUAAAUAAGGACGCCGUCUCGGAUCGAUGCACUUUUGUCUUUGGUUUAGACUGAGCCCUUGGAGAGGGGUGAAUGGUAGCAGGCAGUAUUGGGGUCUAUAGUGUGAUCGGCCCUGGCGGCGGCGGCGCUGUGACCACGAUUUUUGUGUCAUCGGUUCCGCCGCUUUCCUUUUCUAUAUAUACAGCUGCAGCCGGCAAUCUGCUGUCCCUGGUAAUGUAAAGAGCUCCCCCUAGUGUUGGAGGCAAACUCCAGCAUGCAGCACUUAAAUACUCGGUUUACAGUAGCGUCUAAAAUUGCGGAAAUGUCAAAGCAGUCCCAAUUGGGCUCUUCUAUGAAUCUGAAUGUUCAGGCUUUAAGUAAAUCUAAGGGGUAGAAGGUCCUGGUGUGAAUGAGCCCCUUAAAGCGGAAGUUCCACGCAUAUAAAAGUCAGAAGGUACAAAAAGUGUAGCUGCUGACUUUUAAUAAUCGGACACUCCCCUGUCCCACGGUCCAGCGAUGCGGGCGAAUGAAGCCCUGCUUCUCUCCGCUGCGCCGUCACUCUGAAUGUAGGCGCCCGGCUGCGGCUUCACAGCUGCGCAUGUGCGCGCCACACACUGUGAUUGGCCGGGAAAUCUUCUAGGACCUAUGACGUGUCCCAGAAGGUUGCACAGAGGGAGGGGGGAGGUGAACUUCCUUCCGGCGCCCUGGGAGGAAGUGGGAGCUGGGUGCCUCUAAAAAGAAGGUAUCCGAUACCCCCAAAAAACAGGACAUGCCAAAUGUGGCAUGCAAGGGAGGUCACCUUGAAGCGGAAGUUUUAUUUUUGGGUAGCACUUCGCUUUAAAAUGGAAUGGAACUCCAACCAAGAAUUGAAUUUCUGCGUUUUGAUCGCAUGUGGUGUGAACACCCCUGUGAUCUGAUUCUGACCAAAAACAAAGGUCCUGUGCACAUUUGGUUCCGAAUGCGAUAUAAGCCAAUACUAUCUGUAUGGCUGAAAUCGCAUCGCAUGUGAUUAGCACUGCAGUGCGGUGUCAAUCGCAUGCAACAGCACACUAGUGUGAGCCCAGCCUGAAAAGGCAGCAAAGAUGUAAACUUGGCCUAAAGGGAUUCCCCAUAUUGAGCAUUUCUGUGUCACACAAAAAUAAAGUUCUCAUUCUUUUAUUUUAUUCACCUUUAAUUCUCUUUUAAUGGUAUUAUCCAUUUUUGUUCCCGCCCAUAAAUUUCCUCAACUUUUUAUAAUUCCUUUUUGGAUUUUUUUUAUUUAUAAUUGAAAAUAUAGUGAGAACAUUCAUAUUAAAAAUAUUGAAAAUAAAAUGAGAACAAAUACCAACUUUCAUAUUACUACAGUGUUAAGAAAACCAAAACUAGGGAUCAAACCGGCGGCGCCAUAUACUGCCGUUUGAAUAUUAAACGCAAAAGAUUGAAAUUGCAACAGUUUAGUGGUAAAACAUUUUGCAGAUCAUUGUUCUGCUUCAAAAAAAAAAAAAUUCUAUGCAGUAUAAUUGAUAAAAAAAGACACAAAAAAAUAUUCACUUUUUCACUUCGACGGUACAAUUUUAAAGAUGAAAGUUGAGAUCUGAUUGGCUGCUGUAGUUUCCAUCGUCCCCCAUUUGCUAACUGUGUCCUGCUGCUGCUGUCUGCUUGGAAAGGUUCCGCUUGGGACGAUCGCUUGUACAAAAAGAGGGGGGAGGGGCUUGCACGCUGUGCUACAAUGGUGCCUGCUGCUACUACUACUAUGUAGAUCACUAGCUUUUUCUGGUAACAUUAUAGAUCAUUGCAUAGAGGACCUGGUAAAAUUUAGGUCCAGUUUGUAAAAAUAAUAUAUAUUUUUUUUUUGUUUCAUUUUUUUCCUUGCGGGGUUAGCAGGGAAGGUUGUACUUUGAGAUGUACCUGCUUGUAAUUUAAGCGUUUUCUCCUCCCCAUGUCUAUAUUUGUAUGUGAGACGGCUGUACAGUGUAACCAGAAGCGACUUGCUGAACUGCCAUGGCAUAACAUCCACCUGUAUGUGAAUAAUUUGAAUAAUAUGUAUUAUUAAAUAAAUACUAAUUCUUUCUCA